AUGUCUGCUUGGGAUCAAACUGUCGUCAUUGGACAAAAGGUUCGCCCUGGGGGCUCUGGUGCUGGCGGUAACCAAGGACCUACCGCUCUUGAGCGUGCAAAACAGGUCGGCGCUGUUAAGGAGAACGAUCGCAAAACGCAUCAAGGUACCGACCAUCAGCGCAUUGCGAAGCUUGAUCGUGAAAAUGAGGUUGCACCGCCACCAAAAGUGUCUCCCACUGUUGGUAAGGCCAUUGGCCAGGGCCGCCAGGCCAAAGGCAUGACGCAGAAGGAACUCGGCACCAAGAUUAACGAGAAGCCAAACGUCAUUGCUGACUACGAAAGCGGUAAGGCAAUCCCGAACCCCCAGAUUCUUGCCAAGAUGGAGCGUGUCGUUGGUGUCAAGCUCCGUGGGAAGGAUAUUGGCGCUCCUUUUGGCGGUCCGAAGAAGUAA